AGGAGGCGGGGCUUGGAGGGAGGGAGGGAGCGCGAGCGAGGGCGCGAGCCAGGCAGUUCCGCCUGGGUCUUACCGCCGCUGAGGCGAGCCACUUCCGCUCUCCUUCUGUCUAUCCAUCCGUCCGGCGCAGAAGGGAGAAGGAGAGCGCCGGCGAGGAGGACGCUCUCACUCCGGGCUCGCCUCCCUCUCUCCCGGCCUUCUUUCCCUCCCUUCUUCCCUGCGCCUGCCGGAGACUCCUCCUCUUCCCUCUCCUCAGCAGCGCCACCUCCUUCCUUCCAUCCCUCCCUCCCUGCUUUCCUUCUUCCUUCUCCCGGUUCCCCCUGCCCUCAGAGAUACCCACAGGCACCUGCUUCCCUGCCUCGUCUCCUCGAGGAGAGUCGGGCAAGGCCUCGGAGAAGCAGCGGCCUCCUCUUCCUGCCAAGAAUGUUACUUACAUAUGAAAUACUGUGUGGAUUGUCAUGGGGGGGAAAGCUGUGAAUGCUGGAGCAUUUUCUUGGAAGAACAUGAAAUACCAAUAAAUGGUGCUAAUAGAAGACCACCUGAAAUAUUUCGGUUUAACAACUAUCAAGGAAAAAUACUUUGCGAAUGGGAUGAAUACGCAAGUGGUGACUGCCUGCAGCAGCUUCCUAAAUCACAGUAAAUAGCUGGAGCACAUAACUAGUGAUGUUUCCAUUUCUACAUUACCCCAUUUGAGAUUCCUUGUCUUGACUGGGGAAAGACGUUCAAAGUGGAGUACCAUAAACUUGAUAUGGAAAGCAAAAAGAAAGACAAGGACAAAACGGAUGAUAGAAUGGCAAGGCCUAGCGGACGAUCAAGUCACAAUCCACGAGGCAGCAGCUCAUCAAAUUCUGGAGUUUUAAUGGUUGGACCUAAUUUCAGAGUUGGUAAAAAAAUAGGUUGUGGCAAUUUUGGAGAGCUACGAUUAGGAAAAAAUUUGUAUACAAAUGAAUAUGUGGCAAUUAAGCUGGAGCCAAUGAAAUCAAGAGCACCACAGCUGCACUUGGAGUACAGAUUCUACAAGCAAUUAGGAUCUGGAGAUGGAAUACCUCAGGUUUACUAUUUUGGCCCUUGUGGCAAAUAUAAUGCCAUGGUGCUGGAACUACUGGGACCUAGUUUGGAAGACUUAUUUGACUUGUGUGAUAGGACUUUUUCUCUGAAAACUGUUCUUAUGAUAGCCAUACAGUUGAUUUCUCGAAUGGAAUAUGUUCAUUCAAAGAACUUAAUAUACAGAGAUGUAAAGCCCGAAAACUUCUUAAUAGGACGACCAGGAAACAAAACUCAACAAAUUAUUCAUAUAAUAGAUUUUGGUUUGGCAAAAGAAUAUAUAGACCCAGAGACAAAGAAGCACAUACCAUACCGAGAACACAAAAGCCUUACAGGAACUGCUAGAUAUAUGAGUAUAAAUACACAUUUAGGAAAAGAACAAAGCAGAAGAGAUGAUUUGGAAGCUUUAGGUCAUAUGUUCAUGUAUUUUUUAAGAGGCAGCCUUCCAUGGCAAGGCUUAAAGGCUGAUACAUUGAAAGAACGAUAUCAAAAAAUUGGAGACACAAAGAGAGCAACUCCCAUAGAAGUACUGUGUGAAAACUUUCCUGAAGAAAUGGCUACAUAUCUUCGCUAUGUGAGAAGACUAGAUUUUUUUGAAAAACCAGACUAUGACUACUUAAGAAAGCUCUUUACAGACUUAUUUGAUCGAAAGGGCUAUAUGUUUGAUUACGAAUAUGACUGGAUUGGUAAACAGCUGCCUACUCCAGUGGGUUCAAUCCAUUCAGAUCCUGCAAUAUCUUCCAACAGAGAAGCACAUCCGCACAGAGAUAAGAUGCAACAGUCUAAAAAUCAGUCGACAGACCACAGGGCAGCCUGGGACCCCCAUCAGGCCAAUCCCCAUCACUUGAGAGCUCACCUAGCAGCAGACAGACAUGGUGGCUCGGUACAGGUUGUUAGUUCAACAAAUGGCGAACUUAACACUGAUGAUCCUACUGCAGGCCGUUCAAAUGCACCUAUCACAGCGCCUGCGGAAGUAGAAGUAAUGGAUGAAACCAACUGCCAGAAAGUAUUGAACAUGUGGUGCUGCUGUUUUUUCAAGCGAAGGAAAAGGAAAACCAUUCAGCGUCACAAAUGACUUUGGAAGACAGCAGAUCAUGGGGAAUUACUUACUUGCUCAUCUGCUAUAUUGUGAUUAGUCAUCUCUAGUGACCACAUGUUUUUCUGACACCUCUCUUUCAAAGAAGGUCCUCAUACUUGCUUUGAUUUGGCGGUUCAGCAUACUUUUAUUUGGAUCAUCUCUCCUGGAAGCUUUAACACAUGAGUACUUCUUUGAUCACUAAGUUCCUGGACCAAUAUGGGAAAAAAUGCUGCUCUUUCCUCAGUAAAACAAAAACUGUCCUAGAAAACAUUAGCAGAGAUUGGAUGAAGACCAGAUAUUUCAUAAACCUGGCAUGUGCUGCGGUUUCUGUGAUGCCAUGUUGAAAUCAGUUUAUUUUUAGAGAACAGUCAAAAUAAGAAGAGUUACUCAAGCGUUUAAAAUAUAUCUUGCUUUAAGAUUUUGUCAAUACUGGCAUUGAUUUCCCCAUACCAUUUCUUUGAUGGUACAAUGUUUACAAGUGCCACCAUUAAAUCUUUUCAGAAAUAUGGUACAGUCACUGCUUGGUGGUACUAAAACAAGAAGCAAGGUGAGGUGGUAUCUGAGGGUUGAAGGCCAAAUGCUGUGCUUUCUAGGUGAGGAGGUGAAUCAUCAUCAGUAAAAUCUGAGUUUCAAAAUCAGCUUUUGUUGUGCCUCUAAAUAAGAUGCAGUGUAGUAGAAGUGGCAAUAGUGCUUGUACAGGAAUACAAAAUGUUUGUAUAAUGCAGGCUUGCUUCUAGUUAUGUAUGACACCAAUGUUGAAUUUCAACAGAAAGUUCUUUAGCAUUUCUAAAACCACACUACAAAACAAUAACUGUGAACAGGGAUCAAUAGAUUAGGAAAUCUGGAAUUUUUUUUCAUUAAUGCUAGUGGUGAAUGACAGCUUUAAACAAUGAAGGUAUGGAUGUGCCAUGGAACAAAUGUAGGUAGGUCUGCUUGUAAAUUGAUAUAAACAAAGAAAUGAAAAUGAUUGGAUAUAAUGCUGCCUUCAAUGAAUGCUGGCUUGUAGUUCCUAAUCACUUGCUGUGGGUUUUUGGAACUUUCUUUCACUUUGGUGAAAUUUUACAACACUAAGAUACAACUGAUAGGUUUGGUCAGGUACUUUCCCCAUAGUUCCUUGAAGUGCCUGUAUUGUGAACAAUUAAACUGUUCAAUAGAAAAGGCAGCACUUUCCUUUUUCUCUUUCUUUUGCCCUCUAUCUGAUUGCUUCAUUUAAAGCCAUAAUGACAGAGGUGUACUAUUGUCAUGUUUAGCUGCCAGUACCAUGAUGAGCUGGAGUGAAAGAAAGAAAAUGGCUAGGCAGAUUUGUUGACCAAAACUCAAAUUGUGUAUGACUUCUUUUAAAAAGAGCCUCCUAGACCUAACUUUUAAUAACUUUUGUCUAUCAGUGCAUGCCUUUUGGCAUACUUAUUUAUUUUUAAUAUCUUGUAGUAACAUUCAAAAUGUGUAUGAAAAUGGAUAAAUGCACACCUUUUGAAAUCAUUAUUGCAUUUCCAGGGAAUUAUUUUGUAAUUUAUUUUUUUUGUUAACAGCCAAAAGUACAGUGCAUUGUUUUUGAAUUAAGUGCACAUAUGAACACAUUGCGCAAAUCUGGUCGUUGCUAAUCACUAUUGCUGUUAAUUACUUUCGCAAACCUUUCCUCUAAAAGCUUGAACCUGGCCUAUAAAAAGAGAGACUAUAUGACUUGGUCUAAAGUUUUCACUCUGCCUGUUUGUAUUAUUGAUAAUGUCUUAAAUUCUCAAGGAAACUGGUCAUUUUUAUUUGAGCUGAGAAAGUAGGUGGUUAGCUUGGCCAUCCUAAUGUGAACACUUUAUUGUAGUGUUUGACCAAAUUUGUAAAUACAUGCAGUAUCUUUCUUAUCAUACACCUCUUCAGUUUCAUUCUCAAGGUUUUCUUUGGCCUGUACAGUGUUUAUAUGAUCUGAAUUCCUUACACAUAACAGUGUGUAUAUUAAUCCAGUUAUGGACUUGAAGAUUAAAAACUAUAAAACCUGUUUGUUUACUGCAAAGACCAGAAUCUAGACAUUGCUGUUCAGCAAUAUUUUAAGUGCUCCAUUUUAUUGCUAAGGAAGAACUGUCCUCAUCACACUCAGCUGGUCAGUAGUAAGUUAUGCAGUUGCGUUCAGGUUAAACCAACAAUGUUUGCAUUUAUAUGCUUUUUCUCCCUCUAAACUAAUAAAAUCAACGUUGCCUGAAUGUCUGAAUAAUAAACCACAUCCCUGUUUAAAAAUAUGUAAUGGAUGAAGAAGAAAAAAUAAAGGUAGUUUUUUUUA